UCUAGUAUUGGGUGAACUUGGAGAGGCGGACCUGGUCGGAGCAAUUAACGAGCGUUACGAGGUAUAUUAGACUAUCAGUUGACACCUCAUGCAUUAUAAAUUCACCCAAAUCACAACAAACGCUCUUCUCAAUUUCAUUCUCAAAACCCCUUCACUCUCGAUAGGGUUCUUUGCCCACAAGCACCGCCUAAAGAGGUGAUUAAUUUCAAGAAACAUGAGUGCUACACCUAACAAAAGGCUACAUGAAGAUGGUGGCAGUGGUGGUGCUAGUGGUAGUGGCAACCACAGCCAUCCUUCUGUUUUGAAGUACCCACAUGAUGAUCAAGGAACAUAUUCUGGUGUUGGUGGAAAGGUCCUGGCAUCAGCUAGGCAUGACUACCAUGCUUCCUAUGAUAUGGGCCAGGAAGGUCGGCUGCCAAAGAUUGUUCCACGUAAUGAGCCUCGUGAUGCGGACAGGAGGUCACCAUUGCUGCCAAAUAUGCUGUUCAGAGUGUCAACACCAACUGAUUCACACUCUGAUCAUGUUGGUUCAGAGAGCAGGAUGGAGUUAAGGGAUUCAAAAGACAGUAUCAAGGAGAUUAAGGUUGAUAAUCGUGACAUGAAGCCUGAAUCUAGGGAGUUGCAGCAGACUGCCAAAUGUGAUAAAUAUGAUAGCAGAGCUGAUGAUAGUAAAGAUCUGAAACAUGAAAGGGAUGCAUAUUCUGAACUCAAGGGCAACGAGAAGCUGGAUAAGGAUGGUUUCAGUGGAUGUAACACCCAGUUGAAUUGGAAAGAUAUUAAAGAACAGCACCGUCUAAAGCAAUAUACUGAUGUUCCUGGAGGAAAUUUGGAAACUUGGCACACAUCUCGUACUGGCUUGCUUGGCCCAGCUGAUGCUGCGAAGGAAGGUUUACAUGUUGAGAAUAGGGACUUCACAGAAGCUCGUGAGGCAGUUGGAGAAAAUAGAGUUGAUAUGAAAGGGGAUGACAAAUUCAAAGAGAAAGAUAGAAAGAGGAAAGAAGUGAAGCACUGGGAGUGGGGGGAAAGGGAUAAAGAAAGAAGUGAUCGCCGGAAUAACUUGCAACUGGGCAGUAGCAAUAAUGAGAACAAAGAAGUAGUACGGGAAGACAGAGAGUCUGAGAGGUGGGGAAAUGAAAAGAAAGAGCCUCCAAAAGAGAAGGAUAAACUAAAUGAAAAGGAAAAGGAUCACUUGAAGAGGGAUUUGUGGAAUGUUUCUGAAAAAGAGGCUUCCCACAAUGAAAAGGAACUGGUAGACACUCCUGGAAAAUCUGUUGAACAGGAAUGUUCAAACCUAGAACCAAAGAAGAAAGAUCAUGAUGCAUGGAAAAAUGUUGCGGAAGUGAGAGACAGGAAGAAGGAAAGAGAUGCUGAUGUAGAACCAGAAAGACCUGACAAACGCAGUAGGUAUCAUGAAAAAGAAUCUGACGAGGUUGGUAUGCAUUCGAAGGACAGGAUGCUACGGCCAAGAGGUAGUCCUCAAAUGGGAAACCGGGAUCUGCGUUUUAGGCCGUCUAGCAAUGAUCAUGAAGGGACACAAGGUAAGGCUGAUGUAUCCUGUGUUGUUUAUAAAAUUGGUGAAUGCAUGCAAGAACUCAUAAAAUUGUGGAAGGAAUAUGAACUAUCGCAAGCUGAUAAAGCAUGCGAAGGCUCUCAGAAUGGCCCUACUUUGGAAAUCCGCAUACCAGCUGAACAUGUUACUGCUACUAAUCGUCAGGUAAGAGGUGGGCAGCUAUGGGGGACAGAUGUGUACACAGUUGACUCUGAUUUGGUGGCUGUUCUUAUGCAUACAGGCUAUUGUCGCCCAACUGCUUCUCCUCCUCCAUCUGCUACUCAGGAGUUACGGGCCACAAUCAGAGUGUUGCCUCCACAAGAUUGUUACAUUUCUACACUGAGGAAUAAUGUUCGUUCACGUGCUUGGGGAGCUGCGAUUGGUUGCAGUUAUCGUGUUGAGCGGUGUUGCAUCGUGAAGAAAGGAGGUGGAAUUAUUGAUCUUGAACCUUGUCUAACACAUUCAUCAACCAUGGAGCCUACUCUAGCUCCAGUGGCUGUGGAGCGCACAAUGACUACAAGGGCUGCAGCUUCGAAUGCAUUGCGCCAACAAAGGUUUGUGCGUGAAGUGACAAUUCAGUUCAAUCUCUGUAUGGAGCCUUGGCUUAAAUACAGCAUUAGUGCUGUUGCAGACAAAGGUCUAAAAAAGUCCCUCUUUACAUCUGCACGCUUGAAGAAGGGAGAAGUGCUAUAUGUUGAGACUCAUUCCCGCAGGUAUGAGCUUUGCUUUAAUGGAGAGAAGGUGAUCAAAGCUGCUACUGCACCUCAUGCACAUGGAGGUGAAAAUGGAAGAACUCAAAUUUACAAUUCACAUCUUACUAAUGGUGAAAGAAAUGCGGUGGAUGGUGAAAACAGUAUGGUGGAUACAUUCCGAUGGUCUUGCUGUAGGAGACCCCUUCCGCAAAAAAUUAUGCAGAGUAUUGGGAUCCCACUGCCUCUUGAACAUGUUGAGGUUUUGGAGGAUAAUCUGGAAUGGGAUGACAUAUCAUGGUCGCAAACAGGUGCUUGGAUUGCUGGGAGAGAAUAUCAUCUUGCUCGGGCACAUUUUCUUUCCCCAAAUUAGGCUAGAUUUGAAUUUGCCCCUCCUGUUUCUUGUUGGACAUAUUUAUGAGAGAAGCUAAUGGUGUGAACUAGUAUUUGAACUAUGAUAUACUUGGAACUAGAGUGUGGAUUUGAGAUAACAUGGAUGGUAUCUUGCUGUUGUGUUAUUUAUGUUUGUAUGUGCUGUUUGAUUCCUGAUCCGUGUGUAUGUAGCAUCAUGUGCUGUUUGAUACCUGAUCCAUGUGUAUGUAGCAUAAGGCUUGCAGAGUGUUGCUACAUUAGUAGUUGUGUACAAGUGACGGUUAUCUUAAUUUAUCAAAAUAUUGUUGGCUCA